AUGGGAAGAGGGAGACGGCUGUUGCCAUUUUGCCCCGUACUGGCGUUUUUGUCAGAUGGAGGGCGCAUCCUAUUGCUGGCUUUUCCUUGGAAUUCAUCAGUAAACGAGCGCAUUGUUGAACUUCGACCGCAUCCCAGAGAUGAGCCAAUUGCGGCAUUAGCUUGGAGCCCCUGCGAUGAGUUCCUCACCGUCGCACUGCGUGAUGGGUCUGUUGUUACAUUUGCGUGGCCACGACGCCUGCUCUUCAGCGCCUGCAAAGGAUCAGUUUUAAUGAGCCGCUCUCUCAAUACUCUUGUCCUCUGCGAGCCCAGCGGCGAAGAAGCCGUUUUCAGCCUUUCCAAUGAACCUGACAAAGUAUUCCUAGGUCCAAGGCACUGUGCAGCAGCUUGUGGCAGGGAGCUGAUCAUUUAUACUCGUAAAUCGCAAGGAGGGGUGGCGCUUCUCGGCACUUUGUGUCUUCCCUCUCCAGUUCAGCUCAUAGGAUUCGGGCUUGAGUAUGCCGUGAUAGUUUUCGAAGGGCAGACAGCAAUAAUGCCUUUGGAACCAAAUGGGGCCCAAAUAAAUUCUCUGCGGCCACUCCACCGCAGAAAUUCUUCAGCGAAAAUGAAGGAAGCCACACUUGCAGCAGAAAUGCUGCGAGAAGGCCAAGUUGCUGCAGUGGCCUCUGCAAGUUGGUGCUUGGGCCUUUCCCUCGGAGGAGAAGCGCGCGACGUGUUCUGGGAUGGCAAACAUAGUGAUGUCCUUGUCAUUGUUACCUCGCUACACCAAGCUGUGCCUUUUAUCUGUUGUUCUAAAGCUUCGUUUUCUGAGGAGCAAGCUUUCCAGGUGCCUGUGCUGCAACUCCAAGGGUCACACGCAGUGGAAGUUGGACUGUGCUGCAUUGACCUAGAAGACCUACUCUUUCCGAUUGCGUUAAUUAAUGGUGUGCUUUUGAGUAUUUCGACCUCCGGUAAUCUCACAUCAUUGUGUUUGGACUGCCUCUCUUGCCUGCACCAGACACCGCACUACCAUACGUCACUAAAUAACUCUGCAGAGCCCAGCAGCCUCACAAUCCGCUAUGUUUUGCAACUGCUCGCCUUGGGAAGAGAUGGAGAAGCUCUGCAGGCCCUAGAAGGCAUGCUUGGCGUUAGCCCCGUCGGUAACCUGUCAGCGACGGCACGGGAUUGCUUCGAAGCUGUUGGCUGGCAUGCCCUUGACAGACUUGACAUAAAUGUGGCCUGCCGGUCAUUUAAAGCUGCUAAACGAUGUGAUCUAGUACCUUGGCUCUGCACACUUGAAGAAGUCGAAGAGGAUGUUGCUUUAGGAGCUCACAUGAAAGCACUUCACCACAACUGGCGGGAGGCAGUGGAGUUGCUGAUGUGCAGCUCAGACCCAGAAGCUGCAUUAGACAUCGCAUGCCAGCUGGAAGAGUGGCAUACUGCUAUUGACCUCGCAAAAGUCGGCUAA